AUGCCCACGAUCGGCUCUGAGCAGCCAGAACCAGGCGGCCCCAGCACGCCGCUGGCUUUAGAGACCUACACUGAGGUGUUCAGGUGUCUCGGCCGCGGGACGCGAGGCUCGCUCGCCCUCUCCGCUGCCGCCGCCGCCGCCGCCGCCGCCUGGGCCUCCCUCUGGGCACCGCUCCUGCCCGGGUGCGGCUCCCAGCCCAGAGGCGGCAGGGGUGGUGGCGGCAUCCGCACCCAUAGGCGGCCUGGGGCGCCCGAGAGCGCGAGGGCUGGUGAACCCCCGUCUAAAAGAGCCGAGCAAAAGAAGACCAGUGAACAGGACUGUUCUGCAGUCCAGCAGAGGGCCCAGCUCGAGGGACUGCGCAGGGGCUUUGAGGUGGCAGUGAUGAUGAAGGUGAUGACGUGUGCCACCCUGUGGGCCGUGCGAAAUGAUAGGUCUCCAGGACAGGGCCUCGGGAUUCGGAGACCGUGGGUGCAGAAACAUCCGGAGGCCCGAGAACAGCUGAGGGGCGUGAUGGGGACCCGGGGAGCCAGGUACCUGGCCAAGCUGUCCUCCGUGGGGAGCAUCUCGGAGGAGGAGACGUGCGAGAAGCUCAAGGGCCUGAUCCAGAGGCAGGUGCAGAUGUGCAAGCGGAACCUUGAGGUGAUGGACUCGGUGCGCCGAGGUGCUCAGCUCGCCAUCGAGGAGUGUCAGUACCAGUUCCGGAACCGGCGCUGGAACUGCUCCACGCUCGACUCCCUGCCUGUCUUCGGCAAGGUGGUGACUCAAGGGACCCGGGAGGCGGCCUUCGUGUACGCCAUCUCUUCAGCAGGUGUGGCCUUCGCGGUGACGCGGGCAUGCAGCAGCGGGGAGUUGGAAAAGUGUGGCUGUGACCGGACGGUACAUGGAGUCAGCCCGCAGGGCUUCCAGUGGUCGGGAUGCUCGGACAACAUCGCCUAUGGCGUGGCCUUCUCCCAGUCCUUCGUGGACGUGCGGGAGAGAAGCAAGGGGGCCUCAUCCAGCCGCGCCCUCAUGAACCUCCACAACAACGAGGCUGGCAGGAAGGCUAUCCUGACACACAUGCGGGUGGAGUGCAAGUGCCACGGGGUGUCGGGCUCCUGUGAGGUAAAGACGUGCUGGCGAGCCGUGCCGCCCUUCCGCCAGGUGGGCCACGCACUCAAAGAGAAGUUCGACGGCGCCACCGAGGUGGAGCCACGCCGCGUGGGCUCCUCCAGGGCGCUGGUGCCGCGCAACGCACAGUUCAAGCCACACACGGAUGAGGACCUGGUGUAUUUGGAGCCCAGCCCGGACUUCUGCGAGCAGGACGUGCGCAGCGGCGUGCUGGGCACGAGGGGCCGCACGUGCAACAAGACGUCCAAGGCCAUCGACGGCUGCGAGCUGCUGUGCUGCGGCCGGGGCUUCCACACGGCCCAGGUGGAGCUGGCCGAGCGCUGCAGCUGCAAAUUCCACUGGUGCUGCUUCGUCAAGUGCCGGCAGUGCCAACGGCUGGUGGAGCUGCACACGUGCCGGUGA